AGGUUGCUAGCUUGAGGAAACAAUUCUUUGAUUCUACUGCACCUGGUGGGCUUGCCGAACCUUGACGACCUUCCUGCUCACAACUGAUCUAAGAAGGAAGGAGAAAUGGCAGAAGGUGCAUUCAGCCUAGUUAUACAAAAUUUGGUCCCGUUGUUAGCCCAAGAAGCGAAAUUGCUUAAGGGUAUCCAUGAAGAAGUUAAAAAUAUCAUACGUGAAAUGGAUAUGAUUCAAUCUUUCCUUAAGGAUGCUGAUAUAAGGGCCGAGAAGGAUCACAUGGACAAUGUAGCAAAGACAUGGGUGAAACAAGUGAGGGAAGAAGCUUAUCACAUAGAAGAUGUCAUUGAUGAAUACAUACUCAUUUUCCAAAACAACCUCAAGGGCAAAGGCAAUGCUUCUAUUUUCUCCGUAAGGUUUUUCACAUUAUCAUAAACCUAAAUGCACAACAUGUGAUAGCCUCUGAGAUUCAAGGUAUCAACAUGAUGCUCGAGAACAUCAAAAAGAGUGGUGAAAGAUAUGGCUCCAAUGUCAUAGAGCAAAGAAGAUCCAAUAGUGAUGCUAUAAGUGAUACAUGGCAUGAUCCUCGAAUGGCCUCCCUACUCAUUGAGGAAGCAGAGGUCGUGGGCAUUGAGUCUCGUAGAGAAAAAUUGAUAAAUUGGUUGGUAGAAGGUCCAUCUAAUCGCAUGGUGAUUUCAACGGUUGGUAUUGGUGGGCUUGGUAAGACCACUCUUGUAAAAAAAGUGUAUGAAAAUGAUAAAGUGACAGCACACUUUGAUUGUCGUGCUUGGAUCACAGUGUCUAAAUCAUACAAGAUGGAGGAGCUAUUAAGGAACAUGAUAAAGCAACUCUACAAGGCAAAGAAGCAAUCUAUUCCUGUGGAAAUUGACACAAUGGAACAAACAACACUAAUGGAGCAAAUAAGGCUAUAUUUACAUGAGCAUAGGUAUGUAGUAGUUUUUGAUGAUGUGUGGAAAAAAGAAUUUUGGGAUUACAUAGAACUAGCUUUACCUAAAAAUGAAAAAGGCAAUAGAAUAUUAAUCACAUCUUGAAAUGAGGAUGUUGCUCCUUCUAAUUAUUUGUAUAAA